GUGGUUCCUAAACAAGCUUCAAGCAUGGAUUCCACAUCGAAGUGGAGUAAUCUACUGUGUAAUCCCAGCCUGAAGAGCCUGACCGAAGCCGGUUUCGGUAUCCCAAAAGAGAAACAGCACGCUGCAGUACAGGAGUUAGUCAAAGCACACAUCGAAUCGUUUGAUCAAGCGGUUAGUGAUGGAUUAUGUCGCGCUGUGCAGGCCAUUCCUCCCCUGGAGUUUAUGUUCAGAAAUGACCGAAUCAGUCUGGCGUUUGUGGAAGCAGCGAUCCACAAGCCGGUCGUCAGCAAAGGAAGUGUUUGCCGAGACUUGAGGGUGUUCCCUGCAGAAUGCAGAGGGCGCCGCUGUUCUUACAGGGGAAAGCUGGUGGCUGACGUGAGCUGGGCCGUUAAUGGAAUUCCCAAAGGCAUCAUCAAGCAGUCUUUGGGCCAGGUGCCCAUCAUGGUGAAGUCCAAGCUCUGCAACCUGCAUGGACUCUCCCCCAAAGAGCUCACUGAGCACCAUGAGGAGGCUGAGGAAAUGGGUGGGUACUUUAUCGUGAACGGGAUCGAGAAGGUCAUCCGCAUGCUGAUCAUGCCCAGGAGAAACUUCCCCAUCGCCAUGGCCCGGCCCAAGUGGAAGAACAGGGGCCAGGGGUACACACAGUAUGGUAUUUCGAUGCACUGUGUGAAGGAUGAACACACAGCCAUCAACAUGAACCUGCACUACUUGGACAAUGGCACAGUGAUGCUCAACUUUAUCUACCAGAAGGAGCUCUUUUUCCUUCCCCUGGGAUUUGCGCUUAAGGCCUUGGUGGACUUCACAGACUUCCAGAUCUACCAGGAGCUGAUCAAGGGACGUGAGGAGAACUCCUUUUACAAGAGCUGUGUGUCGGAGAUGCUCCGCAUUGUCAUGGAGGAGGGCUGCACCACCCGCAAGAAGGUGCUCAACUACCUGGGCGAGCGCUUCCGGGUCAAGAUGAACCUGCCGGAGUGGUACACCAACGAGCAAUGCGCCAACUUCCUCUUGGAACAGUGUCUCUGCAUCCACCUGAAGUCAGAUGUGGAGAAGUUCUAUCUGCUGUGCCUGAUGACCCGGAAGCUGUUCACUUUCGCCAAGCAGGAGUGCAUGGAGGAGAACCCUGACAGUCUGAUGUUUCAGGAAGUCCUCACACCUGGACAGCUCUACCUGAUGUUUCUCAAGGAGAAAAUGGCGGCCUGGCUAGUCUCAGUUAAACUUGCGAUCGAUAAGCGAGCCAACCGCCUGAACAGUGGGGUAAAUGCAGACAGUCUUGUGAAAAUGUUCAACCUGGGAACAGACCUGACCAAGCCCUUUGAGUACCUGCUGGCCACGGGCAACCUCCACUCCAAGACAGGCCUGGGCAUGCUGCAGGACUCGGGCCUGUGCGUGGUGGCGGACAAGCUGAACUUCAUCCGCUACCUGUCCCACUUCCGCUGCGUGCACAGAGGCGCCGCCUUCGCCAAGAUGCGGACCACGACAGUGCGGCGGCUGCUGCCCGAGUCCUGGGGCUUCCUGUGCCCCGUGCACACGCCCGACGGAGAGCCGUGCGGCCUCAUGAACCACAUGACCGCCCACUGCGAGAUCGUGGCCCACGCCUACCCCACCACCACCCUGCCCGCCCUGCUCUGCUCGCUCGGUGUGACCCCCGUGGAUGGAACGCCCAGCCAGCCCUACCCUGAAUGCUACCCCGUAGUUCUGGACGGCGCCAUGGUGGGCUGGGUGGAAAGAGACCUGGCGCCUGUGCUCGCCGACUCCCUCCGGAGGUUCAAGGUGCUGAAGGAGAAAAGGAUCCCACCUUGGACCGAGAUUGUUCUGGUUCCUCACACAGGAAAGGCCAGCAUCUACCCGGGCCUGCUCCUCUUCACCACGCCCUGCCGAAUGGUGCGGCCUGUGCAGAACCUGGCGCUGGGGCAGCAGGAACUCAUUGGCACCUUUGAGCAGGUCUUCAUUAAUGUCGGCAUAUUCGAGGAAGAGAUCCAGCCAGGGGUGACGACGCAUCAGGAGCUGUUCCCCCAUAGCAUGCUGAGCGUGGUGGCCAGCUUUAUCCCAUAUUCUGACCACAACCAGAGUCCCCGAAACAUGUACCAGUGCCAGAUGGGUAAACAGACUAUGGGCUUCCCGCUGCACUCCUACCAGGAGCGUUCUGACAACAAACUCUACCGCCUGCAGACCCCCCAGAGCCCCCUGGUCCGGCCCUACAUGUAUGACCACUACAACAUGGACAAUUACCCCAUAGGCACCAACGCCAUCGUGGCGGUCAUCUCCUACACGGGGUACGACAUGGAGGACGCCAUGAUCCUGAACAAGGCAUCAUGGGAGAGAGGCUUUGCUCAUGGCUGCGUGUACAAGACCGAGCUGGUGGACCUGGCUGAAAAGGUAAAAGGGGAGGACAGCCUGGUGUUUGGGGUCAAACCCGGUGACCCCAAGGUGAUGGACAAGCUGGACGCGGAUGGGCUUCCUCCCAUCGGAUCCGUACUGCAGUACGGAGACCCCUUCUACAGCUGCAUCAACCUCAACACCGGCCAGAGCUUCGUCACCUUCUACAAGAGCAAGGAAAGCUGUGUGGUGGACAACAUCAAGGUGUGCAGCAACGACGCCGGCACCGGCCGCUUCAAGCGCGUCUGCCUGACCGUGCGGGUGCCGCGCAACCCCACCAUCGGGGAUAAGUUUGCCAGCCGUCAUGGACAGAAGGGUAUCCUGAGCCGGCUGUGGCCCGCCGAGGACAUGCCCUUCACGGAGAGCGGCAUGACGCCCGACAUCCUGUUCAACCCGCACGGCUUCCCCUCCCGCAUGACCAUCGGCAUGCUCAUCGAGAGCAUGGCCGGCAAGUCGGGCGCGCUCCACGGCCUGUGCCACGACGCCACGCCCUUCCGCUUCUCCGAGGAGCGGCCGGCGCUGGAGCACUUCGGCGAGAUGCUGCGGGCGGCCGGCUACAACUACUACGGCACGGAGCGCCUCUACAGCGGGCUGAGCGGCCUGGAGCUGGAGGCCGACAUCUUCAUCGGGGUGGUGUACUAUCAGCGCCUGCGCCACAUGGUCUCCGACAAGUUCCAGGUGAGGACCACGGGGGCGCGGGACAAGGUGACCAACCAGCCCGUCGGGGGCAGGAACGUCCAGGGCGGCAUCCGCUUCGGUGAGAUGGAACGGGACGCCCUGCUGGCCCACGGGACGUCCUUCCUGCUGCACGACCGCCUCUUCAACUGCUCGGACCGCUCGGCGGCGCACGUGUGCCUGGACUGCGGCAGCCUGCUGUCGCCACUGCUGGAGAAGCCGCCGCCCUCCUGGUCGGCCACGCGCCAUAGGAAGAUCGUCUGCACCCUCUGCGGGAAAAGCGACUCCAUCGACAUGGUGUCUGUGCCCUACGUCUUCCGCUACUUCAUCGCCGAGCUCGCCGCCAUGAACAUCAAGGUCAAACUGGAUGUCAAGUAGAUGCCGUCGUGGUCUGCCAGCCUUCACCUGCUGGCGUCCUGCAAGGAAGUACCUGCAUGUUCUCUGGGGAGGGGAUAUUUCUGACCCUUCCGCAAAUCACUGAAGGACCCUGGGCUUACACGACACCAGCAAGACUUAAUGCUGGUGCCAAACCCUGAAAGAGCUGAUGACACAAAAGAGACCAUCCAGGGCUUCUGUAUGUGGGCUCAGUCACUCAGGCUUUUGUAGAGAAGACUGCUAUUUUUAUAUAUUUUAAUCGUGUUCCGUUGUGGUGAAUUAUGAUGCUUUGUGCUGCACAGCUCACUGUACAGAAACACAGAAUACCACACUGAGUGGGGGAGUUAUCACGUGCCUUUCCUGCAUCUGUUCAGUUUAAAACAAAGCAUAAGUGAAUGGGGAUUAUAGCUCCCCACCACAUGGACGGAGCAGUAUGGGCAGAGACUACAGUAGACUGAUGGAGGAGUACGAUGUGGGAAAACGCAUCACACAGAAAUCACAUUUCCCAGAUUGCAAAUAAACUGCAAA